UUCAAAACAGAACAGUUAUCAAAUGUAUUAUGUAAAAAUGCAGUUGAGUAUAUGAGUAAGCCAGUAGUACAUAAUAUAAACCAUACCCUCGGUCUGGAGCCACAAAUACUUAAAACAAAUACGGCUAAUACUUUUUGUAAUAUUCUAGUAACAAAACCUGAUUUUUAAACAUAUUUGGCCCAUUUUAGAGUUGUAAAGUAUGAAUUGUUUCUAGUAUGACGUUUAUUGGUCGACUGGUCCAGACAUUUCUUUACUACUACCCAAUAAAAAGACAAAGCCCAUACAAAUUCGUUCCACUGUUUUUUGCCAUUGGAGCGUCUGUGGAGUGGGUUAUGAUAAAAGUUCCGGCUGCAGGACGAGGUGAAACAUUUUACGACGUUUGGAGAAGAAAUAGAUCAGAAAAAGAAUACAAGCAGAGAAUAAUUGAAGAGAAAUUUCAAGAAGCAAUUAAAGCAAAAGAAAACUGUGAAAAUUAAUAAGCAUAUAUUUGGCUUGUCUUAAACUGCAUUAAACACUUAAUUUAAAUAAAUUACCUUUGAAAAAAUCAAUAAUUUACUUUUAUUAUAAGUUUAAACAGUUUUUUUAGCUUGAACUUGCGUAAAGAAAUUUAGGCCUAAAAUUAAAAAUCACCCAAAAACACUUUCUGUUCAUUUAAUAAGCAAAACCUUUUGUUUGAUUUAUUUUCCAACUGUAUAAUUUUGCAUACCCACCACAUCAUGCCUUAUGGUGUUUCUUGGCCAUUCUACCUGAAAACAGUAUCUUCUUCACUCAUAGCAAUGUUCCUGGGCUCACACAGUGUUCAUAUGUGGUACAGACCUGAUCUAUCCAUACCUGAGAUCCCACCUAAAAAAGGGGAGCUUCACACAAAACUUUAUACAACAAAAUCAGAAAAUUAAACGAAUUCAUUACUUUUGUUAAUGUUUUUUUGGUAACCUUAAUCCAGUGUGCAGUUGUACUAUACGCUUAUUUUUUUUUUGGUAGCUUUGUUUCAGCUAGUUACUUGUUUUCUAUCAGGUAUACUGGUAAUGUUUUGGUUUACAUUUAUUUAUGAAGAAGAUAAGUUUCCUUCUGCUAAGUAAAAGUUGGCAUUUUAAAUGUAAUUCACUUUAAAAACCCAUAUUUCAGUUUCAUUUCAUAACGCUUUUUGUGUUUGAUCAAUUUUUGGCUGUGAACAAAUUUUGUGUUUGUUUGACUCAACCUAAAAACAUCUCCUUACUUAUUAGGUUGACUGUAUAGGGCAAAGUAGUUUUCAAACAUUGUAUAACUUUUCAAGAUGGCCGACAACCUUAGUGAAGAAUGGUGGCAAACGGCAGUUUCUGAUGAAGAAGAAGGCGCAAGUGAUGAUGGUGAACGAAAAGAAAUGAAACGUAAACUGAACGAACCGACUUCAGGAAUAGUAGUUUCAGAAAACGAGGAACCAGAAGUGAAAAAGAAAAAAAGGCGGAACAGAAAAAGAAUUACUGAAGCUAAGCUUCCCGAUCAAGGGGAUUCACCCACGAUGUUACGAGAUUAUCUCAAACUUCACUUCAGUAAAUUAUCCAAGCUCGAAUUUGAGGAUAUUUCGCUAACAGAAUCCAAUUUCACAGCAUGCAAUAUCGACAAAGAACAUACUACCACGUCGUAUUUUAAACAAAUCGCCCCCAAGUGGCAUCGUUUAAGCACAGCUCACAGUCACAAGAUGUCGCCUCUGAUCAUCGUGGUUUGUGGCAACGCACUUCGAGCGUCGAAAUUUAACACAGAAGCAAAGACUUUUAAGGGCAAAGAUGCAAGGUCGAUAAAGCUAUUUGCGCGCCACAUGAAGAUCGACGAUCAAAUCAAACUUCUGCGGGAAAACGUCAUUCAUUUCGCCGUCGGCACACCGGAAAGAAUCCGAUCUCUUAUCCUACAAGAUGCUCUCAGUUUAGAACACACUCGAGCGUUUGUCAUCGAUUGGAAUUGGAGAGAUGUAAAACUAAAGCGUUUAAUUGACAUACGAGAGGCUCGUGCGUCGUUGAUGAAUUUGUUAAAAGAUUGCGUGAUCCCAGCUUGUAAGAAACACCAUGUAAAAAUCGGGUUGUUUUGAUUUGAAUUUGUGCAAAAAAUGAGGUUUUCUGACGUCAUACAGGUUCAAAAUUUGCUUGUGUGCAUGGCCCGUUUUUUUCAGUAAAUGGUUUACGUUCAUGCAAUAAAUUGCCAUUUUAAGUUAGUGUA